UCUUAGUUUAACAUUACACUGCACCUUACCGUCGGCCAGUUAGCUAACAUUAUAAUUAGCCAAUAACUAACCAAACCACAUCAGAUAAUACCGUGUAAAAGGUAGUUAUGGGCUUUGUAUUUGCUACACUCAGCUACGUUAGCAAGCCAUGUUAGCCCGCUACCGUUUCCUACUUAACGACAGGGGGAUUCAACAACAAGACAAGAAACGAGCAUUACAUGUCCCCUCAAUUUUCAAAGUAAAACUUUAUUUAUACGUUUUAUGUAGUACCACGCCAAAUUUUAAAAGGAAAAUUAUCAUAUUGGUCGCAGCAAGACACUGCAGCAACAUGAAAACAAAUGAAUGUUUUUGUUAUGUUCUUGUUAAAUUAUGCACAUCUAAAUACUUACUUUUUAAAAGUGACUAUCAGGAUAUACUCCUUGUAGAACAUAUAUAAUUGAUAAUAUAUAUUUGAAGGACACACUGGUAAAUUCGGCAUACAUUUGAUCCACGUAACAGUAUCCAAUUUUAUUAAAUCAACUUUUUGAGUUGACACUUCUCUCCCCCCCACUUACAGUUUGGUGAAAGAGGGCACAUGUAGGAGGGUGGGUGAUGAAUGCCUCACUGAUGCUGACUGAUGAAUUCUCACUACUGAAACACAACCACUAAUUUAAGUUUUGUACAUUUAAAAGUACAUACAUUUGUGUAGAUUAAAAAAAUGUACACAAAUUGUUAGUCGGCUCAUUAAAUAUAAAUAAGUGCUUUAUUUUAGCUAUAUUCAAAUGUAUGUAAUGUCAAAACCCAUUUAUUAUGCAAAUGUACAAAUGAUAUGCGGUAGGAGUAAGCAUGAAAAACCAUAGACUGUAUAAAAUAGUGAAAAACACAUAGCCUUGGGACAGGCCCAGUAAUAUGGUCAUCUUAAACCUGAAUGACCUUGAGUCACCAAUAGCAACACUAAAACUCCGAUCUUGCAAGCAGGGAAAAAAUAAAUUUAAAAGUGAGAUGAUGGUCCCGUGUUUUAAACAUCCAACUGUGAAACAAUAAGCUAAAUGUUCCUAUAGAGACAACUGGGCCCUGUUCUUCAAACGUGGCUUAAUUAAUUCCAGCUAACAUGCUGUUAUCAUCUCAUCCAGCUAAUUCGGUUAUUUGAAAGCAGCUCGAGGACUGAUUUGUUAAGUUAUCUUAAGUAACAGUAUGCACUUAUUUUGAAAUAAAGGCUAAAUGAGUAGAGAGUGGGUGAAACCAUGAUCAGCAUUCAUAUGAUUGGUUGAGUGCCGAUCAUGUGAUUGCAGUUACAUGAGGUAGGUGUGUUGGGAACUUGGUAACCCUCCCAGCAUGCACUGGGGCAAUAGAUUCAUUCAUAAGUCUCAUUUUAUGUGUGUUCCUUCAUUGUGUUUAACAUUUUGCUCCAGUGUUUCCACACUUUGAUCACUAAUGAGAUAUUACCGGUGGUCAGACAACAAGCGAUGUUGGUGCAUGAUUGGUGAGGUUCUCCCCGAUGGACGUGCACAGACUUUUAAGUGAUAAUCAUUCAAGGCAGAUCGAUUUGCCCCCACCGACACAGGAGGUUUGUGCUAAGGAGCAGCAGAUACGGAAGGAAUGUAUUCUCAGUGAGGCCAACGAGGAGCCCGUCAUCCUGCCCUUUAAAAAGGAACCGGCCGAACCCUGGACCAGGUCUGUGGAGACACCUGUAUGUCCGGCAUACAGCAGCAUUACAGACACACUAACUCAGAUUGUCACAGUUGGAGAGCAUGAAGAAAAUGAGAUGCCAGACAACCUAACUCAAGCUGUGACAGUUGGAGAGCACGGCGAAUACGAAGCGCCAGAAAGCCUAACUCAAGUCAUAACAGUCGGAGAGCACAUAGAAUACGAGAUACCAUCACAUGAUGACCAACCAUUGCCAUCCUUUGGAGUAUCUCCAGUAUAUACAAAGAAGAAAAACAUGUUUUUUUGUAAUAUUUGCUGUCAACCUUUUCUGAAAAAAGUCGAGUUAAAAUUGCACCUUGCAACUCAUGCAACAAAAAGUUUACCAAAGUCCGCCAACAUAGCGUUCACCUGCUUUGUCUGUGGUAGAACAACAGACACCAGGAGUCAAAUGAUCUGCCACAUGAGAGCACACACCGGCGAGAAACCAUUUGCCUGUCCCAUUUGUGGUAACAGAUACAAACUGAAAGGUCACAUGAAAGAACAUAUGAGGACUCACACUGGGGAAAGGCCUUACACCUGCUACAUCUGUGGGAAAAGCUUCAACAGAUCUUCGACCAUGAGUAAACACGCCAGGAUCAAACACAGGGAGAACAUGCCGUUCAAGUGCAUGCAGUGCAGCCAGCGCUUUCCUCUGCUUGUUGUGUUCAAACAGCACAUGAAGAUGGUCCACGAUGUCACCUUCUCUGUAUGAGAUACUGUUGCUGUAGCAAUGCUGAUGCUGACUACUGUUUAACGUUUAGAGGUUACUCUGAGUCUGAUGGCUUCUUUGUAGGUUUAUCUUUUUAUGAUUGUAUUUUUAUUGAAGUUGCAGCUGACUUGCUUCCCCAAAUUAGCACUUCUGAUCCACUGCACUAAUACAACUUCUAAGUAAGUAAGUACAUUUUUUAUUUAUUUAUAUAGCACCUUUUAAAACAAAGUUACAAAGUGCUGCACAGGAUAUGGCUACAGAAAAAACAAACAUACAUAUAUAGGCAAUAUACAGAAAAAUAAAUUACAGCCCCGUUGCAGGGAAGGAAACAUGUUAAAAAUAGGUUUUGAGAAGUUUUUUAAAGCUCUUUACAGACUCAGCUGAUCUAACGGGGGGUAUUGUUCCAGAGAAAACUUCUCAUACUUGAUUUAGAUUCUCCUGAUGAGUCGCUGUACUUGCAAUAUGCUUUAAAUCUAACAUGUAACAUGCUCAGUAGAAAUAUACAGAAACAGUCAAAGUACAAAGCAAAUAGUUACUGCUGGACUUUGACUGAGUGUAAAAAGCUACACAUGCAAAUAAAAUACAUCUCAAGGGCACUUUCAUUAUUAUAAAAAAUAGCUUUAGCACUGUGUUGUUGUUUUUUUAAACUUUGUUAUUGACAGUUGUACUUCCUUAGAUUCUGCCUUCAAAUCAUAUGUGACUUUGUUCUUAUUGGCUUGCAAUAUAUUGCCUGUAAUGUAAGUGCAAUGUCAAUAAACGUACAGUAGCCUACAUGUAAUUACUGCUGCAAUUUUUUUUAUUGUGAGUUUGUGAGCAAUAUAUGUGGAAAUGAGUGGAGGUAUGAAAUAAUGACUGAGUUGAGUUAUUAAAGCGCAAAUUAACAGCAGCUAAAAAUCUGAUCACAUCAAAGUCUGUUUGCAGGUUGGGAAGCUCUACUGCAUAUGAGGAAAAAGUUGUAUAAAGUUUUGUGUGUCUCCAGAGGGAGCUCUGUGAAGUCUGAUAAGUUCUUGCCUCAAGUCACUUGAGUCAGCGACAGUCUGAAGACUACAAGUUUGAAAAUGAAAGAAAUCCGGGGGUGUGGAAUUGGAAAGAAGCGAGUUUAUCACACCUCUGUAGCCCGCUUCUCAUCUCUGCUUGAGGCUAGAGGCUGGAGGCUACAUUAGCUGCUGCUAGCAUAACACAGCCAAAUCCAUGACCCAACUGUCGAGCGGUAUAGUUGCAUUGUGGGUAAUGUAAGCACCGGGUUUUGACAUGGAAGAAGAAUGCGUGAAAAUAAAAAAAAAUAAAUAAAAAACACAAUAUCCACUUUUAUUAAGCUGUCCAUCAUGAUUCUGAUAAUGUUAUAGGAGUCAAAUGCUAAAUUGGUGGAGUACUCUUUCGAAGACCAAGAUCUGAAAUUUUACAGCUGAAAUUUUAAUUUGUCAAUGUUCUCUCUCUGGUGGACAAACAAUGCUUAGCAACAGUGUUGCUAAAUUAUGUCAAACAUCUUUCUGUACUGCAACUUCUUGUUACUUAUCGGCCAAAACCAAUAUGUGUGAUAAGCUAAAAUGUGCUGAUAAUGCUAAUGUAUCAGUUGUGCUCAAAUUGUAAUUGUAUUGGGAUUUCAUAGUUUGAAUUGCACUAACCUGUAUGAAAGGUGCUAUACAAAUAAAGUUUGACUGAUUGAUUAACUCUGA